CAUGGAUUUUGACCAAGUUUUAGAAGAAAUUGGCGAAUUUGGUCGUUAUCAGAAAACAAAUUAUUUACUAAUUUGUUUACCGGUCAUGUUUGCAGCAGCCAAUAGCCUUUCAUAUGUUUUUACAGCUGGUACACCGGCGUACAGAUGUCUCAUACCGGAAUGUGAAAAUGCAACGGAGGAAUUGGAUUUGUUUCCCACAUGGAUACAAAAUGCCACACCAGGAGAUGUCGACAAGAAUGGCGUUUUUACACCAAAAACUUGUUAUCGCUAUCGCGUAAAUGACACCUUUAAUGGUGAGACGCCUUCACCAGACACCUGUCCCCGUGAACUUUUUGAAAAAAUCGAACAACGUUGCAAUUCAUGGGUCUAUGAUAGUGAGGAAAAUACUAUUGUUCAAGAGUGGGAGUUAACCUGCAAGGAGAACGCCUGGAAAUUGGCCUUUGUGGGGACAAUGCAUUUUGCGGGCUUAGUUUGCGGUACAGCAUUAUCGGGUUAUUGUGCAGAUCGUUUUGGCCGCAAAAUAAUAUUCAUAAUAUGCAUAAUGUUCAUGGCUGUCACGGGUAUUGCCCAAGGUCUUGCCUGGAAUUAUAAUAGUUUUCUAGUAUUUGCCUUUCUCAAUGCGGUGGGAACUUCAGGAGUAUAUCCCUUGGCCUUUAUCAUUGGUGUUGAAAUGGUGGGACCAAGAAAACGGGAAAUGUCAUCUAUUGUUCUCAAUUAUUUUUAUGCUGUGGGUGAGGCCCUCGUUGGUUUGGCAGCAUGGCUUCUACAUGAUUGGCAACUGCUGCAGUAUGCUUUAUCUGUACCACCUCUAUUUUUCUUGGCAUAUUAUUGGUUUGUCCCCGAAUCGGUUAGAUGGUUGAUUGCUCGAAAUAAACGUGAAAGUGCUGGGAAAAUUAUACGCAAAGCAGCGGAAGUUAAUAAAAAGGAACUGUCCAUGGCAUUAUUGGAUAAUUUUAAAUCCACCACACCAUUAGAAUCCUCGAAAUGUUGUGAUGCAGAUGAUGGCGGCAGUAGUAGCAGGGAGAGUUUGGGUGACAAUACAUCAGAAAUAUGGUUGUCUGUUAAGGAGGUAUUCAAAUCGAAGACGUUAAUUGUUCGUUAUACAAUUUUAUUGUAUAUUUGGGCCAUUAAUGCCGUGGUGUAUUAUGGUCUCUCCCUAAAUUCCACAAAUCUUAGCGGCAAUAAGUACUUAAAUUUCGCCUUAGUUUGCCUGGUAGAAAUUCCUGGUUAUUCCCUAGCUUGGUUUUCUUUGCGCAAAUUUGGCCGCCGUUUUUCAUUGACCGGUUCUUUGUUCCUAUGUGCCGUGACAUGUGUGGCUGGUGGUUAUAUAACUCAAGGUUCCACCUGGGCCAUUGUUAGCCUUUUUCUGAUUGGAAAAUUGGGUAUAACCUCUUCGUUUGCUGUCGUCUAUGCCUAUACGGCGGAAAUGAUGCCAACGGUUAUACGCAGUGGUGGUGUGGGUGUUAUGUCAACAUUUGCCCGUUUUGGUGCCAUGCUGGCACCCUUUGUGCCGCUAUUGGGUACCUAUUAUGAAGCUCUGCCAUUAUUGUUAUUUGGUGGUGCCUCCCUGACAGCUGGUUUAUUGGGUUUACUAUUACCCGAAACAUUCCAAAAGAAAUUACCAGAUACGGUUGCUGAAGCCUGCCCCAAGUAA